UAUAAAGUCUGGACUGAUUUUGUUGAUGAAUGCCGUUUGAUCUGUUCUAAAACCAUCAAUGAAGAACACUGCUCACUGGCUCACAUAAAAAUAGUAGAGUUCUGCCAAGGUUUUCAAAAGUUGUAUGGUAAAGAAACCUGUACUCCAAAUAUGCAUUUAAGUUGCCAUUUGGUUGAAUGUAUUAGGGAUUAUGGCCCAGUAUACUCCUUCUGAUGCUUUUCAUUUGAGAGAUACAAUGGUGUGCUUGGGUCAUAUCCUAAAGGCAGUCAGAACAUAGGUGUUCAACUUAUGAGAAAAUUUAUAAGAAAUACACAACUUCAACAAAUGGAUUGGCCAGAAGAGCUWAAGUAUUUUGGUAAUCUUCUUGUGUCGCAUGAGGUUGGCACUGUUGGCGAAAUGGGUGUGAGAAAUGCUGAAGACAGUUUAUUUGUUCAUCUACCACCAAUAAAACGCAUUAGUAUUGACAACGAAGAUGUUGCUCGCCUCAGCCAAGCUUACAAGGUUAUGUAUCCUGGGCAUAUAAUCAGUAAUAUAUUGAGGAUUUCAGAGUCCUCUCGAAGAAUCAUGUUCAAGAACAGAGCAAUUGAAACUUGUUCGUCAACUGGUGUUUUUGUUAAAUCUUCUGAUGGCAGUKUAAAACCAGCAAGAGUAAGACGCUUCAUAUCAAAUGAAGCAAUACUGGAACUUAAUGGUAAAAGGAAAAAAGUARUGAACAUGAUGGCUGAAGUUGCACUCUUGAAGCAACAUCCACAAAGAAAAUGGUACCCUUCUCCACUUGAAGUAUGGUCACCAGAAACUGACUCUAUAGACUUUGUUCCACUGGAAAAUGUUUCUGGUCKAUUCAUGACAGUGUCAUAUAAAGUUAAAUUUGGACAUAUGAGAGAAACUGUUUUAGUUAUUAUCCCACUUGUUGGAAGAUUUUCCUGAAUAUAUUGUCUUUUAGAAUUUACAUCUAAAAUAUUUAAGUACAAAGCAUCGGUAAGAAACAAUUACCAAACAGCAAUGUAGGCCCAAUUGAUAUAGUUAUGUAUA